AUGGCUCCCCGAAAAGACGUGACUCGCAGCCAGGUCGGAGCCAAUCUAGAAGCCCCGCAACAAGGAGAGAAUCCACCACCUCCAGCCAAUCCCAUGCCGGAGGACCGACUCACUAGGUUGGAAAACCAGGUCCAACAGCUAACUGAGUUGUUGACUGGUUAUCUACACCAGACCGAACAACAUCGUUCGCAUGUGCCCUCUCAGCGGGCGGAGCAUCAGUCACCUCCUCCUGCUCGGGAGCCUCGUCAAUCCCGCCAGACGGGUCAGGAAAUCCACUCCUCGGAGGCGGCAGGAUCCACUUCUGCCCCCUCGCGAGAAAGAGGGACUUCGCAGGAGAGACGAUUGCGUUUCUUAGAGAAGCAAAACCAGGGUGAAUCCCUAAGAGAUUUCGUGGCUAGGUUCAACGAAGAGGCAUUAAGUAUCGAUGAGUUUGACCAGCGAAUUGCAAUGGUGGCUCUUCAGAAUGGCUUGAGAGCUGGGCUAUUUGCUCAGUCCUUAGCCAAGACUCCACCUCGUACUUUCACAGAGGCCUUAGCCCGGGCUAAUAAGUACAUCAACGCCGAAGAGGUGAUGAAGGUGAAGCGGGCGGAACAACCUGACAGGAAAGAAAGAGAAAAAGAGAAGAAAAAACCGGCCCCAGAGCAGAAGACGGACUAUCGUCCCUCCCGAGCUCCCGAUCGCCCGAGUUUUGGGGGUGCACGUGGAAGCCCGGUGAAUUACACUCCCCUGAAUACAAGUCGAGCAGAGAUUCUCCUGGCAUUGGAGGAUAAGAAUUAUUUACGGCGUCCUCCCCCGCUGAAAUCUCCACCCAACACUCGAAGUAAAAAGAAGUAUUGUCGUUUUCACCGCGACCACGGCCAUGAUACUGAGGAUUGCAUCCAACUGAAAGAAGAAAUACAAGAGCUUAUCAACCGAGGAUACCUUCGGGAUUUCGUGGGUCGAGGAGGUACGAGCUCGGGCAAGGUAGAACCCAAGUCGGAGCAUCGAGGGAGGUCUCCUACUCGAGAUUGCUUUCGAGAGCGAAGUCGAACACCCCCCCGGAGAGAAGGAAAGCAGCCCGCCGAGGAGGGAGGACAGAAGUUUAUCUUGUACACGCUGGCGGCAGGGACAGUUCCAGGGUCCCACUCAACUGCUCCCAAGAGCACGGUAAAGGAAGGGGUGGUCAUCACAUUCUCUGAGGAGGAUCUUCCGAGUUAUCCCAGCUAUUCGGAUCCUCUGGUAAUCACUGCUCAAGUGGGAGAGUGGGAGAUGAGGCGAAUCCUCGUGGACCCAGGUAGCUCUUCAGAGAUUCUCUACAAGAGGGCAUUCCUAGGGAUGGGGUUCACGCUCGAUCAGCUAAGGCCAGUCCGUGUCCCAUUGGUGGGUUUUGAUGGAAUGGUGAUCCAUUCUGAAGGUUUGAUCCGGUUGCCCCUGACGGUCGGUAGUGGUCCUCAUAAAUCCCGAGUGACGUUGGAUUUUUUAGUGGCAGAUGUGCCCUCGGCGUACAAUAUGAUCCUUGGUAGGUCUGGGCUUAGUGCUCUGAGGGCAGUACCGAGUACGUAUCACAUGGUGUUGAAAUUCCCUACUUCGGGAGGGAUUGGCAAGGUAAGAGGAGACCAGCGGCAGGCUAGGGAAUGCUACGUGGCCUCCUUGAGUGCCACUAUGGCCAAGGGGUCAGAGUUAGACUCAAGACCGAAUCGGGAGGCGGUCCCUCAAGCUGGUCAGGGUCAGAUGGAGACGGAACAGGUCAGAAACCCGAGUAUUGGAGCAGGUCAGAGGUCAGUAAGGGAGGAGGGACAGAAUUCCGCUGCCCCUCCCACUGUGGUUACUAGUUUCAUCUUGGAAGGUCCGGAAGAGCCUAAGACUUCAGAGCCAGUGGAUGAGCUCGAGGAAGUCCCACUGGGGGAAGAGCUCGGUCGGACGGUACGAAUCAGUGCCAAGUUACAAGAGCCCUUGAGGUCCGAGAUCCUUUCACUCCUAUGCCGAUAUCAAGAUGUGUUCGCAUGGUCUACCCUAGAUAUGCCGGGGAUAGAUCCAGCGAUCAUGACACACCGCUUGGGGCUCUAUUCGGAUUGUGUGCCGGUAAGACAAAGGAAGAGGAAGUUUGCCUCGGAGCGGGCUAAAGCUAUAGAGGCGGAGGUGGAAAAGCUUAUGGAGGCUAAUCAUAUUCGGGAAGUCAAUUACCCAGAGUGGUUAGCCAACGUGGUUCUUGUCUCCAAGGGAUCGGGAAAAUGGAGGCUUUGUAUUGAUUUUAAAGAUCUUAACAAGGCUUGCCCGAAAGACAGUUACCCCCUGCCCAGGAUUGAUGCGUUGAUUGACGGAACAGCGGGGUGUCAGCUAAUGAGCUUCCUGGAUGCAUUCCAGGGGUACCACCAAAUCCCACUACACCUUGAAGAUCAGGAAAAGACGGCCUUCAUCACGGAUAAGGCUACCUAUUGUUACCGAGUUAUGCCCUUUGGGCUGAAGAACGCUGGAGCUACAUAUCAGAGGUUAGUCAACAAAUUGUUCAAAGCUCAACUCGGUCGAAACAUGGAGGCUUACGUGGAUGACAUGUUAGUCAAGAGUCUAUUGGCUGAACAACAUCCGGACGAAUUGGAGGAGUGCCUCAGAACCUUACGCCAGUAUCAGAUGAAGCUCAACCCGGCCAAGUGUGCCUUCGGGGUUACAGCUGGUAAAUUCUUGGGGUUCAUGGUGCAUUACCGGGGAAUUGAGGCUAACCCUUCGAAGAUAAAAGCCAUACUCGAGAUGCCUCCCCCUCGAAGUAUCAAAGAAGUGCAGAGGCUAACCGGGAGGAUAGCAGCUUUAGGGAGGUUCUUGUCAAGAUCUGCGGAAAGACAGUUGCCAUUCUUUAAGGCCUUGACUCGAGUCCAGAAUUUUGCAUGGACAGAGGAAUGCCAGGAGGCAUUUGAGCAGCUAAAACGAUGUCUAGUCUCCCCCCCAGUCCUGGCAAAACCACAGCCAGGAGAGUCACUAUAUAUUUACCUAGCUGCCUCGGAUGAAGCUGUCAGUUCGGUUUUGGUACGGGAGGAAGACAAAAUCCAAAAGCCGGUCUAUUAUGUGAGCAAAAGGUUGGCUGGCGCUGAGAUUCGUUACACUCCAACAGAAAAGUUGGCCUAUGCCCUAGUCAUCUCCGCUCGAAAGUUGAGACCCUACUUUGAGGCACACCACAUUAUCGUCCUAUCAAGUCAGCCGCUGAGGCAUGUGCUGGGAAAGCCGGACUUGUCGGGGAGGAUGCUCAAAUGGGCAGUAGAGCUGAGUGCUUUCGACAUCGACUAUCGACCUCGGCCGGCCAUCAAGGCACAGGCUCUUGCCGACUUUAUCGUGGAAGGCACCCUACCAGAUGAAGCAAACGAGGGGAUUUCCCAGACUUGGACUCUCUCUGUAGAUGGCAGCUCAAGUGUCGGAGGCAGUGGCGCUGGAUUACUACUGCAGGGCCCCGAUGGCCAGGCUUGGCCGUAUGCCCUCCACUUCGAGUUCAAUGCCUCUAACAAUGAGGCCGAGUAUGAGGCGCUCAUUGCCGGGCUCAGACUAGUGGAACAGAUGGGAGUCAGGGAUCUGGAGGUAUAUUCUGACUCAAAUUUGAUUGUGCAGCAGGUCACAGGAGAGUUCGAGGCUCGAGAGGACGUCAUGGCCCAAUACUUGGCGAUAGCCAAGGAUCUUAUGGCACGAUUUCGGAUAGUGAAAAUCAAUCAUGUCCCACGAGCGCAGAAUGCAGUGGCGGAUGCUCUCUCGAGGAUAGCUGCUUCUUCCUUCCCUAGGAAUUCCCGAGCUGUUUACAUGGAGUCGUUGCCCCAGAAGAGCAUAGAGACUGAGGCAGAGCAGCUUUGCGUAGAAGGGGUUGAAAGUUGGAUGGAUCCCAUCGUAGCACAUCUGACCAAGGGAUGGCUACCUGAGGAGGAACUGGAAAGUCAAAAACUCAAGCGCCAGGCUGCCAAGUUUCUACUGGUGGGAUCAGACCUUUAUAAGAAAUCCUUCACUCAGCCGCUACUGAAGUGUGUGGGGCCGGUCGAAGCCGACUACAUCCUAAGGGAAAUCCACGAGGGGAUUUGUGGCAGUCACAUCGGAGCUCGGUCUCUCUCCCAGAAGGCACUUCGGCAGGGGUAUUACUGGCCGACAAUGAUGAGCGACGCUGGGCAUUUGGUCCAGACUUGUGAGAGAUGCCAAAAAACCUCCAACCUGGUUCACACCCCGGCAGCCGAACUCACCCACCUGGCUUCACCUUGUCCGUUUGCCAGGUGGGGAGUCGAUAUCCUCGGGCCUUUUCCACUAGCGGCUGGACAGAACAAAUACUUGAUAGCAGCCAUCGACUACUUCACUAAGUGGGUGGAGGCCGAGCCUGUGGCGACUAUUACAGGUCGGAGGGUAAAACAGUUCCUUUGGAAAUCCAUCGUCUGCCGGUUUGGUAUUCCAAGGGUACUAAUAACUGACAACGGCACCCAAUUCGAAGACCGAUCCGUGCAAGAAUGGUGCCGAGAGUUGGGGAUUAAGCAACAUUUUACCUCGGUCGCCCAUCCUCAAGCUAAUGGGCAAGUAGAGCUUACGAACAGGACCAUUCUACAAGGACUCCGAGCUCGGGUUGAAAAGGCAGACGGCCAAUGGGUAGAUGAGCUCCCCAGUAUACUAUGGUCUUAUCGAACCACACCGCGAACGGCUACAGGAGAAUGCCCUUUUACAUUGUGUUAUGGCUCGGAGGCUCUCAUCCCUGUCGAGAUUGGGGUGAGGAGCUAUCGAGUGGAGCAUUUCGAUCCCGAGAUUAACGAGCAAGGGCUAAGGUGCAACUUGGAUUUGAUGGAUGAGCUCCGAGAUCUGGCACGAAUUCGACAAGCCGCAUAUAACCGGCGCAUUGCUAGGUACUACAAUCGACGAGUCCACGCUAGGAGCUUCAUGCCAGGAGACCUUGUCCUACGACGGUUCGACGUGAGCCAUCCUCGGGACAUGAAUAAACUAACUCCGAAUUGGGAAGGGCCGUACCGGGUGGUGGAAUCCCUAAGCUUCUCUUCAUCUAAUAGCAAUUGUCCAAAGGAUCAUACUUCGUCGAAGAAAAAUCCAAGGGUCACGAGCCCUAGGCCGUUCUCAAAAGAGGACUGA